AUGGAUCUACUAAUAUCGAUACUAAUCAUAGUACUAACAUCAUAUUUAAUAUUAAAAUUUGCAUCUUUUUUCAAAACAGUACCAAUUGAAUAUUUAAAUCAACAAUCAUACAUAGAACCAACAAGAUUAAACAAUGAAUCAUCAAUAUAUAGAUCUAUAAAAUCACCUAGAUUAACUGUUGGUUUAGAUAUAAGAUACGAUCAUUAUAAAUUAAGAAAUGGUAAUUUAAAUGAUAUUUGGAUGAUUGUUUUACAAAAUUUGGAGAAGAAGACAGGUCAAAGAGGAAUAUAUAUGAAUGAUGAAUUCAUUGAGUUUGAAGAAAUCAAUCAUAAUAUUUUGCAUUUGUUCGAUGAUGUAAAACCAGAUUCAAUAAAUAUAAGUUGUGAUUUUAAAAUAGACAAAAAAUGGACUGUAAUAGUACUUACAGCAUUUAUUAAUCAAAUUCCAAUAAACUUUUAUGAUUCAAAAUUUACCAAACCCAAAAAUGGUAUGAUCAUAGACGAUUUAACAAUAAUAGGAGGUUUAAAAUCAUUAGAUACAAAUUACAAAUAUACACCAGAGAAGGAUAAAGGUACAGCCUUUAAAAUUCAAGAUGUAUUAAAUAAAAAUAUUUAUACAAAUAUUGAAUUUACUCAAUUGAACUUAAUAUCUGCAAUUGCAUCAACUAUAAAACAUUUACCAUCGAAUAAAGUAGAUCAAUUCAAGUCAAUCGAAAUUAUUUCAUCCACUAACUCUUAUGGUACUUAUAUCAAAAAUAUAGUAUUAAAAUUAUUAUUUGGAUUGGUACAGAAUUAUGAAAUUCACAUAAAUGACCAUCCAACGUUCAAAUAUGACAUAACAUCAAUUUCAGAACCAGAUAUGCUAAAGUACAGCUCAAAAUUGAAUAUUUUUCAAAAAUUGAGAUACAUCCUUCUUACUAAUGGUUUUUUCGAUUCUAAAAAAUUAAUUUAUCUAGAAUCAGACUCCAUGAAAUCAGUAAUAACAUCAAAUCAACAAAAUGCCUACAAGAUUAAAUUUAACUCAAACAUAAUAACAGAAUACUUAAUUCCAGAAGUCAUUGGACCUUUGGUAGUAACAGACUAUUAUGAAUAUAGAACUUUUGGUCCAAAAUUCGGCUCCCUACCUCAAUGUCUUGAAAUGAAAAUUUAUAAUCUUGAUAAAUCCAAUAAGGGAAGACUAAUGAUUAGAGGCUACUCAAUUGGGAAAUCUGAGAGAAUUAUUAAUGAUAGUAUAGAAGAAAGUUCUAGACGAAAUGAUGGAUUUAAGCCUUUAACUUUAAGAGAACCUGUUAAAUGGGGUAAUGAUGGUUGCUUGUACUUUGAUUGUAAAUAA